CCGAGUAAGGUACUGGCACCACAGCACCGGAGAAGCCCCCACGCCGGCCGGCGCCGCUCACCCCGCCGCCGCUGACAGCCCCGAUCCCGUCGAACUGCCUGCCCAGCCCGCCGGCAUCGUCCAGCACAAGCAGACACGGGGUACACUACCAAUGGCAUCACUGUGAAACUGCUACGCGGGGACGCAUGGCUGCCUAGGAUAGCUGUAAGCCAAUACCAUCCUCCUGGGCAAAACCAGCAGGUACACUCAGUAGCUGAGAGAAAGCCUGGGGAUGCUUCAGAUCAUGCAUUCAGAAGGCUGGAAUCUUACCAACCAGGUCCUGAAGAACUAACAGAUGACCACACAUCAGACUACAGAGGGGGUUUUAUUGCAUCCAGGCUGGAAUUAGCCUAAAGAUACUACUCAGGGUGGACAAUGAACAACACUACUAAGUGCCAUGAUGAUCACACCCUGGAUAAGUAUUUGUUUCCAUUUGUGUACAGCGUUGUGGUGUUGAUCAGCAUUCCCAUCAACUGCAUAUCCCUCUAUGCAUCUUGCAUUCAGGUGAGGAAAAAGAAUGAGCUAGCGGUCUACCUCUUCAGCCUGUCCCUGGCCGACCUUUUGUACUCUCUGAUUCUGCCUCUGUGGAUUGAUUAUGCCUGGAAUGGAGAUGACUGGAGGCUCUCUGCCUUGCUUUGUCGGAUUUCUGCCUUCCUUAUGUAUAUGAAUUUCUACACCAGCACUGCGUUCCUUGCUUGCAUCUCUAUUGACAGGUACCUGGCGUUAGUUCACCCCUUGAAGCUCCAGCACUUGCGCACAAGGAGAUUUUCGUUGAUUGUCAGCAUAAUUGUUUGGCUUCUGGAAAGCAUCUUGAAUUCAAUCAUAUUGGUGAACAAAGAAGUAUUCAGUGAUCCUUGCAAUUUCACUAAUCAUACAUUAUGCUAUGACAAAUACCCCCUGGAACUGUGGCAGGCACAGAUAAAUUUAUUCCGGAUAUGCUCGGGGUACCUGGUCCCUUUGAUAAUCAUCGUGUUUUGCUACUAUAAAAUCUACCAAGUAGUGAAAUAUAAUCAAGCCACAGUAGAUGAAGAAAAGAAAAAAGUCAGGAAGCUUAUUCUGAAUAUCACAGUUACUUUCAUUGUUUGCUUCACUCCUUAUCACGUUAUGUUGCUUAUUCGCAGCAUCAAAGAACCUCAGACCACCGACCCACAGAUUCUGCAGUCAAUGUAUAAGGUUUACAGAGUCACACAGGCCUUAACAAGUUUGAAUUGCAUUGCCGAUCCCAUUCUUUACUGCUUUGUGAGUGAAACUGCACGAACAGACAUACAAAAUUUGCUCAGGUGUUGCUUUUGCCGACGAGAAUGUGAGAGAGACCAAGCGAAACACCAUGCUGUGUGCAGUUCUGCUACAAAAGACAGAGCGCUGAUCACCUACAGAACUUCCUGUGAAACAGAGACUGUCAGAAUGUCAGAAACGAGCGAGCACAUUCAAAGCAAAAUUUGAUAACCUAAAGGAGAAAGAAAGAAAAACCCUCCCCCAGUCUGUACCUAGGAAAUACCCCAAAAGUCACAGAUACUAAUCUAAGUAUCUGGAACUAAUAAGAACUUAUUACAGGAUGAGUGACAUCAAUGGAGCAUCAGCACAUGUCUUUAAAUCAGGCAUGGUACAUAAAUCAAAGUCAACAAACAAACGCACAGUCAAGAAAGAUGACCACAACAGGCUGACAAAAUUACUGAGUAUCACCCACAGAACUGCCUCCUGUCGCUACUUGCUAGCUAGCCUGCGUGCUGGGCAUACGCGUACUCAGCUGGAGGAAGGCUGAAGUCCUCUUAACCAAGUCAUUUGUUUUUCAGUUUUAAUGGAAACCUGAGGCUUAGCUGAGAAGAAGCCCCCAAAGGGAUUUUUUAAAAAAAAAUCAGUACUGCGAUAGAAGUGAAUAAAGCACGCACACACACGGAGAUCAUUCAAAUGACUGACAAAGGAGCAGACAGUGGUAAAUCUUGUCUCUAACCUCAUGGUGUAAUUUAUGCUGCUAUAUGGUUCCUGUGUUGCAUUAAUUACUGAAGUUCUCUUUCAACAUACCCCUGACAUUAGUUACUUAAAAUUGUUUACCACGCGUAGAUGGCUACUUACCUGCUUUUAAGCUUUUCAUCUUUUGUGUUCUAAUGUAUAACCAUAUGUCAUGCAGUUUCAUUACAAUGUCAGUAUUGGGUUCAGAUAGUUGAAGAUUCAUUAUUUCAAGUGCCUAUAAGGAACCAAAUUAUAGCCACCGGUAGUUUAACUCAGAUGAAAUUUUUCCUGAUACAUGCAGGGAGGAAAGGGAAGGAUUGAAAGGCGAGGUUUCAUAUCUCCACAAUGUAAAGGACCAGCCUUUAGCCUUGCUUAUUAUGACUGAAAUCUGGAGCGUGGUUACGUUUGCAGAGUCAAUAGAGCAAGAAGGUUUCUGGAGGCCUCAGCUAGAGGUUCCAGGGCUCUCAGUCUGCCAGUUCUAAAACAAUCAAACAACAAACCAACAAGCAAUACUGACAAACCAGCAAAGAACACAAAUGUACCAACACACAAUAACAAUGGCAACAAAAGAACCCACAUUUUGAAAGGGUCGAAGUUAGCACAAAUCAAAAGUACAGCUGUUAAUUCAGGGACCUGUUCCUGUGUAGGCUCCUGCAAUGGCUGUGUGGUUCCCUGGGCCCUGUGUGGUAGCCCUGGACACUCAACCCUCUGAGAAGAGUUAAAAUACCAUGGAAAGUUGUUUUCUUUUUCUUCUCCUUUCACAACCUUUUCCCUUUUAUUUAGUUGCCAGGAAGGAUGUUUGUUUAUGGCGGUUGUUCGGUUUCAUAGGGAAAAAAAUUUUCUUUCCAUCAAAAAAAUCCCCCUCUAGCAAGUCUAUUUAGUGGAAAGAUUUUGACCAGCAUGCAUCUAGGUCUGACAAUAUACAGUGGCAAUAUGGAAAUUCUUGUGAGAAGAUCCCACUGUGUGGAAAUUACAAAUUACCCCAUUACAAAGAGACACUUGCAUUGUUUUCAUGAGUUCCUGUUUGUGUCUAUUUAUACUUUCAAUUAAUUUCCCAUUCCGAGAGGGGAACUUGAGAGGCUGAGCAUGUUCAGGCUGGAGAAGAGAAGGCUUUGGGGGACCUAAUGGCAGCCUUGCAACACCUGCAACGAGGGUAUUAAGAAGAUGGAACCAAGCUCUUCACAAGACUGCACAGCAGGAGGACAAGAAAUCAUGUGCAUAACUUGAAGCAAGAAGGGUCAGAGUUGGUAUAAGGAAAAGCUUUUGAGCUAUGAGGACUGCCAAGCAGAGGAGCAGGUUGCACCAAGAUGUUCUGCAUUCUCCAUCCUGACAGGUUUUCAGGACCCAACUGAACAAAGCCCUGAGCAACCUGGUCCGGCCUCAUAGCUGACCUUCCUUUGAGCAGAAGUUUGGAACUGAGACUUCUGAGGUCCUUUCCAACCAGAAUUGUCCUGUGAUUCUAUGAACUGUGUAUGUCACUAUUCUGGCUGUUGCCUUCCUCUCUAAAAAAAACACUGUGUUUCCUCCCCUUCGUUGUUUCCAUUUGCUGGAUUUUGUUUUGUUUUGAUGUGUUGGUUUUUUUUUUUCUGUAAUACCUUCUUGUGUAUUAUGAAGGAAAAAGUAUGCAAGCAGCAGUGCAAGUUACUUCACCACAGAUUUGUCCCUGUACUGACCCACGUAUUUUGCAACAGAAUGUGAAAUUUCACUGCAGCACUGGAAUAAAAGCAGAACCAAGUUUCACUGUAACUUCAUGGAAAAAAGAACUCACUGGUUCAUUUCUCAACCUUUCGCACACCAGAAAGGAUGGAAAGUUAAUUCUA